AUGACGGAUGGGGCUGGGGAGGCAUGGCGGUCCUAUGAUCACGUGAAGCGCGUGGUGGGGACCACUGAUAAGCACUUCCGUGCUUAUGCCAAAACCACUACCCAGCCGCAGCAGGCCUCAAGGCCGUCUUCUAGCACUGCGGGUCCGAGUGGAAGGCAGCAGGGAACGCCUUGGAAGGGCGGGAACCACAAGAGGCCCUUCCAGCAGGGACAGCAGGCUGACCACAAGGCCAAGAAGGUCAAUGAGGGUGGACCAAGCAAUGUCCAGAGCUGCUUCAAGUGCGGCAAGCCUGGACACAAGGGCUAUGAGUGCCGCCACCGCAAGUCGGUGAAGUACUCUGGCAAGGCUAAGACGGACAACAAGCGCAAUGACGGCAGUGGUCCCUCGGGCAGCCAGCGGGAUUUUGCAAAGCCCAACUAG